AUGGCGGCGGCGGUGGCGGAUGAUGCGGCGGCAGGCGACGUGCAGCGGCUGCUCGUACAGUUCCAGGAUGAGGGCGGUCAGCUGCUGGGCUCCCCGUUCGACGUGCCCGUCGACAUCACGCCGGACAAGCUACAGCUCGUGUGCAACGCGCUGCUGGCCCAGGAGGAGCCCCUGCCCCUUGCUUUCUAUGUCCACGAUGCUGAGAUUGUGUCCUCGCUGGGGAAGACGCUGGAGUCCCAGUCUGUGGAGACAGAGAAAAUCAUAGACAUCAUCUACCAGCCCCAAGCUGUCUUCAGGGUCCGUGCUGUGACACGGUGCACCAGCUCAUUGGAGGGUCACAGUGAAGCGGUCAUUUCUGUGGCCUUCAGCCCCACAGGAAAGUACCUAGCUUCCCUGCGUGGUCAUGUGGCUGCUGUGUACCAGAUUGCUUGGUCAGCUGACAGCAGAUUGCUGGUCAGUGGCAGCAGUGACAGCACACUGAAGGUGUGGGAUGUGAAGGCCCAGAAACUGGCCAUAGACCUCCCUGGCCAUGCCGAUGAGGUAUAUGCUGUUGACUGGAGUCCAGAUGGCCAGAGAGUAGCAAGCGGUGGCAAAGACAAGUGCCUCCGGAUAUGGAGAAGAUGAAGCUCCAGCUUCCUGACCCCUACCUGGACUCAGCCUCUACCUGCCCUGCCAGAGACCAAGGAAUGCACAUGGCCACCUGCCCAGGACAGGUCUCCAAUGUGUGACAGUCAGGACGUUACAACAUGGAGCUAAGCCGUGGACACGUCCUGGCUGGUGCUAACAGCACUGGGAAAGCCAAGCCUCUGGCUCCUGUGUCCUUUUCCAAGUGUUAGCUGUGCAGGCCCAGACCCUAGGCAAUGUGGCCAAAUAAAUAACUUAUAUUUUGUG